ACAUGUCGCCAACGUUCGACUCAAAUUUAUAAUAAAGUAAAAAUUAUUAAAUAUUCAUAUUUGGGAACGUGGAAAAUACUCAAGUAAUGACAUUUUGAAAAAAGAAACAUUCCAAACUUCAAUCAUGUUUAAAAUAUAUAUUUUAUUUUAUAUUUUAUUUGUUAAUAUUGCUCUUAACAAAUGCAAUAUACAGAUAGGCCCAGAGCCCUGGGACUACGUGAAUAAUGUGAAUUCAAUUGUGAUUGACGAGGAUAUACCACCUGAUCUUAAAGACAAGCCCCAGAGGAAAGUACAAACCAACAAUAACAUAGCAAUUGGUGAAUGGUUUUAUAAAAGGAUAUUAACCAUUGUUUUAAAAGGGGGCCAAAUUAAGAAAAAUGAGGAUGGUUCUAUUGAUAUAUCACUGCAUAUGAAAUACAAUGAGGAACGUUGGAAUAUUCUUGAUGGUUAUAUCAAACCCAAUACUGCAUAUUCUGAAGAUAUGUAUAGACGUUCCAUUGGAUAUAUAGAGGAAGCUAUAAUUAAACCAAGUAUCAGUGAGAAGAUUGUCUUUGCUUGGAGUGAAUACUUCCAAUACUAUUUAAUAGAAUAUAAGACAUAUAUUAUGUGGGCUGCAAGUAUUUUAGCAGGAGUCUUGACAAUAAUUUGGCUAUGGAAUCAUAUAUCACAUAAACAUGUAAUAAUAUUAGUGAUUAUUGGUCUUUAUUUAUAUGAAGUAUUAAUAUCUUAUAAGGAGGCUGAAAAACAAGAACUUGAUAGAUUCAUAACAGCUGUCAACACUUGCAAGUGGUACAUUUGGACAACGGACUGUCAUGUGCCACCACCUGAUCCGCUUAUAUUCUUGAAACACAUGAAUCCACUCAAAAUUGGCAUCUGUAUGUUCACCAGAUUGGUAUCAGAACCCAUGAUAACAAUUAGCGAAACCAUUAAAAUUAUUAUUCAUGGCAUCACUGAUGGAUUAUGGUUUCCAUUGAAUAAAAUAAUGUAUGGAAUUCUGGUUGUUACUUUUAUGAUACUCCUGGUAUUUUUGCUGAUAAUGAUAAUCUUCAAUUAUAUUCUAAACAUUCCAUUUAAGUUAAGUUUUUUGGGUAUUGUCAGUAUUGGAUUAAAACAACGUAAUAGAAGCAUGCAAAAUACUAUUGUUCAUGAGCCAAUUGGUGCACCUCAAGGGGAAAGAUAUACAGAUAGAAUUAGUGGCGAAAAUUUGUCGAAGCUCUUAGAAGUGUACACACGUGCAUUGAAUUCUGUUAAUUCUUCACAAAUACAACAAGGAGGUCCACUACAAAAUUCCAAUCCAUCACUGACAUAUAAAUCAAAAUUGACCAGAUCAGCAAGUACUGGACGAUUGCCUAAUUAUGAAAGUGAACAGUAUAAUAAUAACAAUAUUUUACAACAAUAUAAACAUAAUGGAAGUGGAGAUCACUGAUUAAAAUCAGUUAUUGUUUAUCUGAAUAAUAAUAACUAGUACCUACUUAGCAUUCCAGUCAUCUGUAACAAAGUUUAUCUUAAUCUGUAGUCAAGACUUGUUACAAUCUUCUUUAAAUUUUUUUUAUUAAUUUGUCUAGAAAAUUUUUUUUAUUGUUUGUCUAGUUUUAACUGUCUGUCAUAAAUUCCUUACUUAUUAAAGGAAUAUAAUUAA